CCAAAGUCUGGGCAUCGGAAUCCCACGGAGGCAGACAUGCCGACAAUGGAUGGUCCAGAACCUCGGAGAACAUUCUCUCUCUCACUCACUCCCUCUCUACGCGCGCACACAGAGCAGAACUCUUCGAUGAAUUUCACUCUCAGCUGUCGAUUUCGAAUUCGUUUGUUUCCUCUGCUUCGAUUCGAUGAUCUGAUGGAUGAAACUGAAGCGAACCCAAUUUCCAAUUUGAAUUGGGAAAGUUGAUUUAUGCAUGUAUAUGUAUAAAUAGUAAUCCGCGUUAAAAUAAUUAUGGCGGUGUGUUGUUUGGGUCCCACGCGCUGCACGGCCCCCUUCUCCCCUCCCACCACCCCCUACUCUCUCCCCCGCCCCUCCUACGCCGUGGCCAUGUCCUCCUCCCGCAGCCCCAGCCCCAGUCCCAGCCCCUCCCAGCCUUCCCUCCUCGUCUUCUCAGGUGGCACCGCGUUCAACGGGGUCGUUGAGGAGCUGAAGAAGCUCACUAGUCGAGUGGCCCACGUCCUCCCCGUCUCCGACGACGGUGGCAGCACGGCAGAGAUCGUCCGCGUCCUCGGUGGACCAGCUGUAGGAGACAUAAGGUCAAGGUGUUUGAGAUUAUCAGAUCAAAGUACGUCCGAGGCACUGGCAGUUCGAAGAUUGCUGGGUCAUCGCCUGCCACUUGAUCCCAAGCAAGCCAAAUCUGAAUGGUACGCUAUUGUGGAAGAAGAACACUCCUUGUGGAAUGAUGUGUCAAGGCCAUACCGGGAAACAAUAAGAGCAUUCCUGGUUUAUUUUCAAAAUGAGAUCCUUCGUCGGCCUAAUGAAUCAUUUUGUUUCAGCAAUGGCAGUAUUGGGAAUUUUUUCUUUGCAGGAGCACGCAUAUUCUUCCAGUCUUUAGACGCUGCCAUAUUUUUGUUUUCACGUGUUUCAGAUAUCCCUUCAGAAAGUCUUGUCCUGCCAGUUAUUUCAACCAAUGACAGGCUCACCUUGGGAUGUGAGUUAUGGGAUGGAACUAUAAUACGUGGCCAGAAUGAAAUUUCACAUCCAACAAAUGGCACGGUGGAGCUGAUUAACAAGAAAAGCUCUUCAAUGCCCGCUCUUCCAUCAAGAAUAAAGCGAGUUUUCUACAUGUCCCGUGAAGGCACCCACUCAUUGCAUGAGGUUUUUCCUGCAGCAAAUCCAGCUGUCCUGGACCAGUUGAAAACUGUGGACUGUAUUGUUUAUGCUAUGGGAUCUCUCUUUACUUCCAUAUGUCCUUCACUGGUAUUACUUGGCAUUGGAGAGAUCAUUUCCUCAAGAACAUGUCCGAAGGUACUCUUGUUGAAUAGUUCUCAUGACCGGGAGACGAGUGGCUUCUCAGCUUCAUGUUUUGUGACUGCUAUCACAGAUGCCCUGAAUCGGACUCAUGGAGACAACAACAAUUGUCUGAAAAACCCUCCAAGUCAGUACAUCAAUACACUUUUUGUGCCCAGAGGCAGUACAAUUCCCGUUGAUAUACGGCAGUUGGCUUCUCAAGGGAUCUGUGACGUGGUGGUCAUUGACUCCUUGCACGAUGAGAAGGUUGGUGUAGUUUACGACCCCAGGUCACUGAUUUUGGCUCUGGCUGAUUUGAUCAGCAGAUUUAGGAGCACAAGCUUCACAACAGGGUAGAUGAAGAGAUGUGAAGCUCCUGCUCUGUUGGGACCUAAAUUUGGACGUUGAAUCUUCUGAAGCGUGGCUCCAGUUUAUGCAGUCCAUUGAUCACGUAAAAGAAAUUGAUCAAAUUUAUCAGAAGACUACUGGAAGUAGCUUUCGGGAGGUUCUGAAUCCAAGACUCACUCUUCGCAGGUGAAUGUCCUGUAUCCUGUUGUGGGCAGGCAGGUCUCCGCAGCCUCGAUCACUCAUUGACCGAGCAGAUGUGAUUCAAACUAUUCAGAGACUUGACUUUUCUGUUGCUGCAUAUCAGAAUAGGCAUCCAUGUCCAUGUUGAAGGAAACAAUUAAAUAUGAUAUAUUUGGCCAUGAAAAUCAUGAUAAACUAAAACUCUGGUUUACAUAUCCACUUGUCAAUUCUUCGUUUUUUCUUA